AUGGAGAGGUAUGUCGCCUCUGCUAGGGUUUCCGACUCUUCGCAGUCUCCGCCACCGUCCGCGACCAUCCCCUUCUCCCGCGACCCCGACUUCGUCAACCGCGGAGACAUUCUCGACCAGAUCGACCAGCGAUGUUCGGAGCCGGCUGCUCGGGUUGCACUCGUAGGCCUGGGCGGUGUCGGCAAGUCGCAGCUAGCCAUCGAGUUCGCCCACCGGACCGCCGCGCGGCACCCAGACACGUGGGUGUUCUGGGUCCAUGCCGGCACGCAGGCGCGGGUCGAUGAGGGCUUCCGGGCGAUUGCCGACGCCGCCGAGCUGCCCGGCCGGAACGACUCCAAGGCCAACAUCCCACAGCUUGUCUACGGCUGGCUGGGCAACGAACGGAACGGCAAGUGGGUUAUGGUCCUUGACAGUGCUGACGACCGCGACGUGUUCUUCGACGCUGGCAGUAACCCUGAACGACCUGACUAUCUUCCGCAGAGCCCAAACGGGUCUCUUCUCGUCACAACACGUGAUAAGGAUCUAGCUUCUAAGCUAAAUACAAUCGAGAUCGGGCCAAUGGCGCAGAGUGAUGCUCUGUUGCUCCUGGAGAAGAAGCUGGGAUCGCUCUCGGAUACUGAUAUGGCGGUGGAUCUCGUGCGGGCGCUCGACCUUGUGCCGCUUGCCAUCAGCCAGGCGGCGGCCUACAUUCAGAGAAUGUCGCCACGGAGCUCGCCCAAGAAGUACCUAGACGAGUUCCGAGAGAGCGAGCGGAAUCGGAGAAAGCUUCUGCAAUAUGAUGGUGGGGACCUGCGGCGGGACGGAGGGGCGUCUAACGCGAUACUUACGACGUGGCAGAUAUCCUUUGACCACAUCCGGUCCAAGCGGCCCUCUGCGGCGAAUCUGCUGUCGCUUAUGAGCUUCUUUGACCGACAAGGCAUCCCUGGAUGGGUGCUAAACCCUUCCAGAAUUGCCCAGGACGGAAUGCAGGCAAUAGGUCUAGACGACGCCGCAGACGUGGAGUCGGACGAUAGCAGCCAGAGCACGGACAGUGACUCAGACGAUGCUAGCUUCGAAGAUGAUGCGGCGAUGCUAAGGGACUACUGUCUCAUCACCGCGGACGAGACAGAGGACAAAUUUGAGAUGCACGGGCUCGUGCAGCUGUCGACUAGGAGGUGGCUAGAAAUGUUUGGGCAGGAGGAGACGUUCAGGCAGCAGUACAUCGAGCGGAUGGCAGCUUCAUUCCCAACGGGCCAGUUCGAGAACUGGGCCAUGUGUCGGACCCUCUUUGCGCACGCCCGAGUGGCCUCGGAUUAUCGACCUAGCGAAAAUACGGUCGAGUCAUGGGCGAUUCUUUUACACAACGGAGGAUGGUACGCGUGGUCACAAGGGAGAUAUGAAGAUGCACAGCAGAUGCUGGGCAAGGCGAGGAAGAGGAGGUUGGGAAAGGACGAUGUGGCGACUCUCUCGAGCACCUCAUUGCUUGCAUUAGUAUUUCGAGAUAGAGGACUAUGGAAGGAGGCCGAGAAGCUGUUUGUGCAGACGAGCAAGGCGAAGCUCGGGGCCGAUCAUCCCGACACGCUGACGAGCAUGGCCAACCUGGCGUCGACGUUUUGGAACCAGGGCCGGUGGGACGAAGCCGAGAAGCUGUUUGUGCAGAUGAGCAAGGCGAAGCUCGGGGCCGAUCAUCCCGACACGCUGAAGAGCAUGGGCAACCUUGCUUUCACUCAAGGUCGACAUGAAGAUGCCCUAGCGUUGAUGCAAGACUGUGUUGAGACUCGGCAGCGAGUCCUUGGGCCUGAGCAUCCUGAUACGCUGUCGUCCUUGGCUACUGUGUCGGAAUGGUAUCACGGGGCAAGGCGAAGGGUAGGGGAUAGAUUGGAUAUGCGUAGUUGGCUGAGCCAUGCUCAGAGCCAGACCCACACUAGACCCACUGGCAGCACAAGGCUCGACCGCCCAUGGCGGGAGUCGUGCAUAUGGGAUGGUAGACUUGAACGUGCACGUGAUCUGGCCGAGAAGCUAGAGGUGCAGGUGAUGGAGACUCGCAAGGCGAAGCUCGGGGCCGAUCAUCCCGACGCGCUAACGAGCAUGGCCAACCUUGCUUUCACGUGGAAUAGUCAAGGUCGACAUGAAGAUGCCCUAGCGUUGAUGCAAGACUGUGUUGAGGCUCGGCAGCGAGUCCUUGGGCCUGAGCAUCCUGACACGUUGUCGUGCUUGGCUACUGUGUCGGAAUGGAGUAGCUAG